UAAACUCAUCUCGCCUCUCCCUCCCUCUCUCCCUCCCUCCCAAACCGACCAACACAACCAUGGCCGCCACCGGCGAGCACACUUUCCUCUCCACCGAGAUCGUCAACCGCGGCGUGGAGUCCUCCGGACCGGACGCCGGAUCGCCGACCUUCGUCGUUCGGGUUCGCCGCCGGCUUCCGGAUUUUCUCCAGUCUGUGAAUCUCAAGUACGUGAAGCUUGGGUACCAUUAUCUUAUAAGCCAUGGAAUAUACCUGGCGACGAUACCGGUGCUAGUUGUGGUGUUCAGUGCUGAGGUGGGGAGUUUGAGCAGAGAAGAGCUGUGGAGGAAGGUGUGGGAAGAAGCUAGUUAUGAUUUGGCUACUGUGCUGGCCUUCUUUGCUGUACUGGUUUUCACUAUUUCGGUUUAUUUCAUGUCGCGGCCCAGACCGAUUUAUCUCGUGGAUUUCGCGUGUUUUCGGCCGUCGGAUGAGCUCAAGGUAUCGAACGACGAACUAAUCGAACUUGCCCGCUCCUCCGGCAAAUUCGACGAAGACACUCUCUCCUUUCAACGCCGAAUCCUGAAAUCCUCCGGCAUUGGCGACGAGACCUACGUCCCCCGCUCCAUCUUCUCCACCGGCAACUGCGCCACCAUGAAAGAAGGCCGCUCGGAGACCGCCACCGUCAUGUUCGGCGCCCUCGACGAACUGUUCGAGAAAUGCCGAGUCCGCCCCAAAGAUGUCGGAGUCCUCGUCGUCAAUUGCAGCCUCUUUAAUCCCACGCCGUCUCUCUCCGCCAUGAUCGUCAAUCAUUACAAGAUGCGGGGAAACAUACUCAGCUACAACCUCGGCGGAAUGGGGUGUAGCGCGGGGAUCAUAGCGCUUGAUUUGGCGCGGGAUAUGUUGCAGGCGAACGGGAAUAAUUAUGCGGUCGUCGUGAGCACGGAGGCGGUGAGCUUUACUUGGUAUGCGGGGAAGAGUCGGAGUAUGUUGAUUCCGAAUUGCUUUUUCCGGAUGGGUUGUUCGGCUGUUCUGCUUUCGAACAGGAGGAGGGAUUUCCGACGGGCAAAGUAUAGGCUCGAGCAUAUUGUGCGGACGCAUAAGGGGAGUGAUGAUCGCAGCUUCAGGUGCGUAUACCAAGAAGAAGACGACCAACGCAUCAAAGGCCUAUCCAUAAGCCGCGACUUAAUGGAAGUCGGCGGCCACGCCCUCAAAACCAACAUCACAACGCUCGGCCCGCUCGUCCUCCCCUUCUCCGAACAACUCAUCUUCUUCGCCACGCUCCUCUACCGCCAGCUCUUCCGCAACACCUCCGCCACCACCAACCCCUCCGGCGCCGCAGCCGCCGGUGAAGCAUCCGACCAAGAUUCCGGCAUCACCAAACCGUACAUCCCAAACUACCGCCUCGCCUUCGAACACCUCUGCGUCCACGCGGCUAGCAAAUCAGUCCUCGACGAGCUCGAGAAGAACCUCUGCUUGAAGGAAACCGACAUGGAAGCGUCCAGAAGCACUCUGCAUCGCUUCGGCAACACAUCGAGCAGCAGCAUUUGGUACGAACUGGCUUACCUCGAGGCUAAGGGGAGAGUGAAGCGAGGCGACAGGGUUUGGCAGUUGGCGUUCGGAUCGGGAUUUAAGUGUAACAGUGCUGUGUGGCGGGCUAUGCGGCGGGUUAAGAAGCCGACGAGGAGCCCGUGGAAUGAUUGCGUUGAUCGGUAUCCGGUGGCGGCGGGGCAGCGCAACUGAAAGGUGUCGGUGGUGAAAGUAUUGUACUGCUUCAUGGUUUCUUAGUAUUGGUGUCUGCUUAUAAGGUCUGUGGCCAAUUGUUAUAAAGAUUUAGAUUUGUUUUGGUUAUGUGAGUGGCUUGAUUAGAAUGUUAUGAGAGGAAGAAUCAAACUUCUAUUUGGUAUUUUAAGUAAUUUGGAUGAUUGUCUUUUUUUUUUCCCGUAUAUUUGAGACAAUUAAGAUAUUCUCACAUAAA